AUGGGUAGCAGAGGAAAGGGUCGUACCGUUUUGGAAGUAGGAGCAGAUGGCGUGGCUCUUAUCACGAUCAUCAACCCUCCUGUCAAUUCCCUCUCUUUUGAUGUAUUAUACAGCUUGAAGGACAAUUUUGAAGAGGCUUUGCGCAGAAAUGAUGUGAAGGCAAUUGUUAUUACGGGUGCAAAAGGCAAAUUUUCUGGUGGCUUUGAUAUUACUGCUUUUGGUGGACUCCAAGGGGGGCAGAAGGACGAGUCAAAGCCUGGUUUUAUGUCUGUGGAAGUCAUCACUGACAUUUUUGAAGGUACUAGUAAACCUUCAGUUGCUGCCAUUGAUGGCCUUGCACUCGGGGGAGGAUUGGAAGUUGCAAUGGUGUGCAAUGCCCGAAUAUCAACUCCUAAUGCACAAUUAGGCCUGCCCGAACUACAGCUUGGACUUAUUCCUGGAUUCGGAGGGACACAACGGCUUCCACGUCUUGUGGGAAUUGCAAAGGCACUUGAGAUGAUGCUGACAUCAAAACCAGUUAAGGGGCAAGAGGCUUGUGAUUUAGGCCUUGUCGACGCUAUUGUUUCACCUGAUCAGUUGGUGAGCACUGCACGCCAGUGGGCCUUGGAUAUCUUGGAGCGUAGAAGACCGUGGGUUGUUACUCUUCACAAGACUGACAAGUUAGAGCCCCUUGGAGAAGCUAGGGAAAUGCUUAAAUUUGCAAGAGCUCAAGUCAGGAAGCAGGCUCCAAAUCUCAAACACCCAUUGGUUUGCAUUGAUGUUGUUGAAGAGGGUAUAGCCUCUGGUGGCCGGUCUGGACUUUGGAAGGAGGCUGAGGCUUUUCAAGUACUUCUGCAUUCUGACAAUUCCAAAAGCUUGAUCCAUAUCUUCUUUGCUCAACGUGGAACAUCAAAGGUACCUGGGGUGACUGAUCGUGGUUUGGUGCCUAGACGAGUAACUAAGGUUGCUGUCAUUGGUGGAGGAUUAAUGGGGUCUGGAAUAGCUACAGCAUUGAUUCUUAGUAGUUAUCCAGUGAUCCUGAAAGAAGUAAAUGAUAAGUUCUUGCAGGCUGGGAUUGGUAGAGUCAGAGCCAAUCUACAGAGCCGUGUCAAGAAAGGAAAAAUGACUCAAGAAAAGUUUGAAAAGACCAUCUCUCUUCUCAAGGGUGUCCUGGAUUAUGAAAGUUUUAAAGAUGUGGACAUUGUCAUAGAGGCGGUUAUUGAGAAGUAUACUUCCACAAUCGAUUUGAACCUCAUUGGAGAGAAGACGAAGUCUCAUGAUCGGAUUAUUGGCGCCCAUUUCUUUAGUCCCGCGCAUGUCAUGCCACUUUUGGAAAUUGUUCGUACAAAUCAGACGUCUCCCCAAGUUGUUGUCGAUUUGCUAGAAGUUGGGAAAAAGAUAAAGAAAACCCCAGUUGUUGUCGGAAACUGCACAGGAUUUGCUGUAAACAGAAUGUUCUUUCCUUAUACACAAGCUGGUCUUUUGCUUGUUGAACAUGGUGCUGACGUCUAUCAGAUUGAUAGAGUAAUCACCAAGUUUGGAAUGCCUAUGGGCCCAUUCAGAUUGGCUGAUCUGGUUGGCUUUGGUGUCGCUAUUGCAACUGGCAUGCAAUUUAUUGAGAAUUUUCCUGAGAGGACAUAUAAAUCAAUGAUUAUCCCUCUGAUGCAGGAGGAUGGAAGAGCAGGUGAAAGUACUCGAAAAGGGUUCUAUACUUAUGGUGAUAAACGCAAAGCUAGCCCAGAUCCUGAAUUGAAAAAAUAUAUUGAGAAGUCAAGGAGCAUUUCUGGUGUUUCAAUAGAUUCUAAGCUAUUGAAGCUAUCAGAAAAGGACAUUGUGGAGAUGAUAUUUUUCCCUGUUGUGAAUGAGGCCUGUCGAGUGCUUGCUGAAGGUAUUGCUGUAAAAGCUGCUGACCUUGACAUUGCUGCAGUCAUGGGCAUGGGUUUCCCACCUUACAGGGGAGGUAUCUUGUUCUGGGCUGAUUUACUUGGAUCCAAAUACAUAUAUUCAAGAUUGGAGGAAUGGUCAAAUAUUUAUGGUGAAUUUUUCAAGCCUUGUGCCUAUUUGGCUGAAAGAGCUGCAAAGGGGGCUUCUCUGUAUUUCUUGGCUGUUAGUUUCGUCGAUUUCCUGUUGAACAAUGUUACAAAUCUGAAGUUUGUCGCAACUUACAGGCCAGUGAAGGGCUUAGCUCACUCAAAAAGCAAGAGGCUUAUAUUCCUAUACAUUGCCUUUUUCCUGUUAACAUUCUUGGAAUAUCAUUUCUGCAAAAAGCCUCUUAACACGUGA